AUGCGGUCGUCCUUCGACGAUCCCCUCGCGAGGGGGACGCCGCGGUCGCCCGAGGCGUCCACCCGUCGCGGCGGCGGCGAGCUCGACCUUGACCUCCUCCCGUCGCUCGUCGUGUUCGACCUGGACGAUACCGUGUGGUGGCCGGAGAUGUACAUGACGGCCGGCAAUUUCCACUUCGAGCCUCCUGGGAGCACCAGGGUGGUGGACCGAUUGGGCGAGGAACUGACGAUCCACCCCGGCGCCAGGGUGGCCAUCGAGGAGAUGCUCAACCGCCCGAGGUGGCGCAGGGCCAACGCGCAGAUCGCGUUCGCCUCCAGGACGGACGAGCCGGCGUGGGCGAUGGAGGCGAUGCGAUUGCUCCGCGUGUGCACAGACCCGCGAGGUCGGGACGUGACGCUGGAGGACGCGGUGGAUCACGCGGAGGUGUACCCGGUGCGGAGCAAGACGGAACAGUUCCACAGGCUCAAAGAGAAGAGCGGGGUGCCGUUCGACGAGAUGCUGUUCUUCGAUAACGAGUCGCGGAACGUGCGCGAGGUGGCUGCGCUGGGCGUCUGCUGUCAAUAUACCCCCGACGGAAUGACGGUGGAACACUGGAGGGAAGGACUGGCGAAAUACGAGGAACACAGGGGUGCGCACAGGGGCGGUGGGGAGCAGGAAUUAGGGGGUGGGACGCGGCCGAGCCUGAGGAGGGACGGAUCGUUCGGGUCGCUGUCGGCCGGGAACAGCGGGAAGAAGGGUUCCGGGUCGGGUGGGCGAAUAUUUUUCCGUCCCUGA